GCUCUGGCGCCAUAGCUUAGGCAGCCACGGUCAUGAACACGCGCAUUGUGCUUUCCGUCUCUCAAUACUACGUGCGGUCCGCACAGCUGUGCGUCCUGGACCCUAGUUCCAACUGGCCCGCGCAGCUGGAACGUAAAGCAUUCCGCGAGGCCGCAUACGAAUGCUUCGAUCACAACUGUAGACGCGAAAAGACAUCUCUUUCUUGUGAAAAAAGGCAGCUGUUGUUCGUGGAGAAUGGCUAGUAAUGGUGGCUUGCAGUGGUGCGGAGGGCUUGCCAACGUGGGCUGGCUUGGACCGCUCAUGUCACCUUGCUCCUUUGAAAGCGUGUCGUCGGCAAUUCUGCUUGCGAUCGCUCUUGUCUCCCUCCUGGCGCAAGCCCAUCGCUUGGCAGUGAUCCAGCAUCUCCGGGCGCAAGGCAGACUGCGGAAGGCCGUGAGCGGGCUCAACGGCUCCUUCAUCGCUGCGUCGCUAUUUAUAUGUGGAACACAUUUGCUGCACUUCACCGUUGGCGUCGUGGCGCUCCGCUCAUUUCCCUACCAUGUCACCUAUCAUGCCUUCCUCGCAAUCGUCUGGGCCCUAAUCUCCGUGCUUGCCAUCUACACGGGUCGCCUGCUGGUUAGCGUUGAUUUCCGCGCGGUGACACUGCCGGCCACGCUGGUAUAUGCCAUCAGCCUCUACUCCUUCUACCGCCUCUACUUCGACCCCCACGCCAUGCCCCUGCCCUACAUCAAGGCCGCCAUCUGGACCGCCAUGUUGCAAACCGUGGUGGCCUCGCUGGCCAGCUGGCUGGGCUUCCGCCGCGCCGCGCAGUGCCCCCCCGCCCCCGCCAUGCAGGCGGCCCUGGGACUCCCCGGGGCCUACCAACAGCUGCCGGCGGGCGCUGAGGAGGGCGCCGGGGGUGCUGCUGCAGGCGCCGCUAGCAAGCCCUCCGGCAGCGGCGGCGGAGCAGCCGGCGGCGAGUCUGGACCCGACGGCGAGGACGGUGACGGCCGCAGCUGGAUCAGCCUGUUCAGCGAUGCGUGCGCCUACGUGUGGCCGGAGAGCCGCGGGCUGCAGCUGCGCACGCUGGGCUGCCUGGUGCUGCUGGUGGCGAUGCGGGUGAUCAACCUGGCGGUGCCCAUCCUGUACAAGCGGGUGGUGGAC